AUGGCUGGAGGUGCCGGGGAACAAGAGGUAUCGUUGGAGUUCACGCCGACGUGGGUGGUGGCGAUCGUCUGCUCCGUCAUCGUCUUCAUCUCGCUCUUCGUCGAGCGCGUCCUCCACUAUCUCGGCAAGGUAUUCCCGCUUCUUGAUCGCCGCUCUCAUGGAGUACCCAAACACCGUGUGGCUUCAGAUAUUGUGCAAUAUGUCUGUUGUCUGCUACUCUGAGGCCCCUCCCUUUGGGUCGUAGGAGCGAAGAUUUCUUCUGAAUCUCAUCUCUCUCUCUCUCUCUCUCUCUCUCUCUCUCUCUCGCCAACUGCAGUAUCUAAAGAAAAAGGACCAAAAACCUCUGUUCGAAGCUCUGCAGAAGGUGAAGGAAGGUUAGUCAUAUCCGUCCACACUUUUUUCCCCCUAAAAAUAUGGUGGUCCGAUUUUCUCUUGGACGCCCAAGCCCUAAUCUUCCCCUGUCCUCCUUCUGAUCUGGGCUUGCAGAGUUGAUGCUCCUUGGUUUUAUCUCACUGAUGCUGACGGUGCUCCAGAAAUCGAUUCAGAAGAUAUGCAUCCCUGAGAGGUUGACCCGUCACUUGCUUCCUUGUAAGAGGGAAGACAAGGACAGCGCCUCCUCUUCUCACUAUCAGGUUAACCUCUUCUCCGGCAUCCUCGGGGGUGGCAGACGGCUCCUUGCUGGGGGCGGCGGAUCCGACCACUGCGCCAAGAAGGUGCCCUUUGAAAAACUUUUCACUUUUUUUUAUACCCCAAGGGGAAGCUCCUGACUUUGAUUCGCUGUGGGUUCCUUUCUUUUCUUCUUAUUCUACAGGGAAAGGUGCCGCUGCUGUCUCUGGAAGCCCUGCACCAGUUGCAUAUCUUCAUAUUCGUUCUGGCCAUUGCCCACGUCACUUUCUGUGCCAUCACAAUGCUUCUAGGGAUGGCGAGGGUAAAUGCUACCCUCACUAAAUUAAUUCCUUGUGUUCUUUAAAAUCUUACCGGUUUGUGUUUCUUACAAGAUAACAUGUAUGUGUAUAAUAUUGAUUAUAAUAAUUUAAUGUGUGAAUUUCUAGAUACGUCAAUGGAAACAUUGCGAAGAUUUUCUUAUGAAGCGAGCAGGAAACGAAAAUGCAGCAGGUUUGUACUGGAGACUCUUGUUUUCUCCUCUGCUUUGCUCCAUCGUAGUUGUGGUCAUACUGUAUGUUGAUUAAAAACAAAACCAAGGCUACUGAGUUGGUAGUAGCCUGGAUCAACUCAAAAUCUAAGCAUGUGACAAUUUUAGUUCAUAGUGGAAUGAGAAUUUUGAAAGAUGAAAUUCUAAAGGAUAGAUGCCCCAAUACAAGUUUUUUCCUUGGAAAAAAAUGAUAUAUAGAUAUAUAUAUAUAUAUAUAUAUAUACAUACAUAUUACUAUCCACUGAUUGGUGUAAUUCUCUUUUCAGCACCAAAAAUCUCCCAUGUGCGUCAGUUUGACUUCAUCAAGGAGCGGUUCAAGGGUUUUGGGAAGGAUUCUAGGAUAAUGAGUUGGGUGGUGAGUAGCACAUUUCUCAGUGGAAAAUAUACCUGAUUCUAGGCUGCCUGAGUUGUAGUAAUGAUGAGUAUAUAUCUGUGGGUCUACUCAUAUUGCCAUUAGUAAAAAAUCCUUGAUCAUCUGUUUACAAAAUUUCAAAGCUUUGCGUUGUGAGAACCUGAGAUCAUGAAUUUUUAGGGCAGUUCUAUGUGAUGGUGUCCACUUUUCGCAUGCACCUGCUAAGCAUCUCAAUUCAGUAGAGGCUGUCAUCAGUUGUGGCAUAGUUUUUGGUUAUUACUUGGGAAAAAAGUCAAACAGUUUGUUUCAUUAUGGUUGCAUGUUGUUUCAGCAUUCUUUCUUUAAGCAAUUCUACGGAUCUAUCACGAAAUCAGACUACUCCACAUUGCGACUGGGUUUCAUUAUGGUAAGCAGCAGGGGGCCUGAAGAUCUGUUUUUGGUCAUUGUCUGUUGUCCUCUUCUACUUCCUGUUUAAAUAACUCAUGAUCUCUCUCCCUAGACUCAUUGCAGGGGAAAUCCAAAAUUUAAUUUCCACAAUUAUAUGAUACGUGUCCUGGAAUCUGAUUUCAAGAAAGUUGUCGGGAUAAGGUACUUGAGUGUUCAAUGGUUGACAAUACUACAAGUAAUCUUCUGUUAUGCAUCUCAUCGCGUCAAAUAAAGUCAGCCUCAUUUUCCCUUCUUUUAGCAUUCUAUUUGACACUUUCAUUCGUUCUUGCAGUUGGUACCUUUGGGUUUUUGUUGUCAUCUUCUUGCUGCUGAAUGUCAACGGUACUUCAAAGCCUUGCCCUAAUCUUUUGGUUUAGUUUAUGGAUGAAUUCUCUCCAUAUCAUCUGAAUCUCUUCUUUUGCUUUUUCUCUUAAAGGAUUUCAAUCUAAUAUCUAAGCAAGUCAUUCUGAAGACAUUUGUGAACUAGAUCUGUUCAUGCCAUCAGUGUUCUCAUUUUUUCCCUACUAGAAAGGUUCAUAUUGACCUCAUUAUUCAUCUAUGGUUUACUGUCGGUUAGCAUGAGGGUUAAAGCUGCCUAUAAUUAAGUUUAUAAGACUAUAGCUAAUUACAAGUCAAAUCGUCUUAAUGGUGAAAAUAAAUAAAUAUUAUCUUUACUUUUUAUCCAUUUUUUUUAUAGAUGCUCAUGAAUUCUUUUUCUUCUCUCUGUGAAGGUUGGCAUAUGUACUUUUGGCUGGCAUUUGUCCCCUUGAUUGUAAGUUUUAUGUUGUCCUCCCUGCUACCCAACUAGUUUUUUUGAAAAAAAAAGUCUAGAAGAGGAUCAGAUAAUCGAGAUAAAUGCCAAAUUGAAUGCGAUUAUCGGCAGAUUAUAUGAUCUUUUACAGUGAAUAUCUUCGGAUCAUACCAAAUAUUUCGAUGUUUGCAGAUGCUGCUUGCUGUUGGCACCAAGCUGGAGCACGUGAUCACUCAAUUGGCGCACGAGGUUGCUGAGAAACACUGUGCCAUCGAGGGUGACCUCAUAGUGAAGCCGUCAGAUGAUCACUUCUGGUUCCACAGGCCUCGAGUCGUCCUCUACUUGGUUCACUUCAUCCUCUUCCAGAAUGCCUUUGAGAUUGCCUUCUUCUUCUGGAUAUUGGUGAGUGCUUUGACAUAGUGCUCAUGUGCUGGCCAGAGGCCCGCAGCCCCCCUGCCAUUUGGCUCUUGUUUUAAAAUCUACUUCAGAUUUCCGUACCUGGUUGAGAAGAAGCUAUCCCCCUUGGUGUCAUAUCCCUUUGUUGAGUCGACUAUUUCCGGGCAUCUAGAACCAGGAAAGGAUUCUGACGUGCUCUUGUUUGUUACACAGACAACUUACGGUUUUGAUUCCUGCAUAAUGGGCCAUGUUGGGUACAUCGUUCCCAGGCUUGUGAUUGGGUGAGCAUCAUUUGCUAAGUCUGUUUUUUAAAGUAUAAUCUAGGAAUCAAGCUGUUCGUCUUCAAGCCACUUAUGUCAUCAAUUUUGCUUGGUUUAGAGUGAUUAUUCAGGUUCUCUGCAGCUACAGCACCCUACCACUCUAUGCCCUCGUCACCCAGGUACCUCCCAGAUCCAAAGAUCUUUUAUAUCCUUCAUCUAUAGGCCAUGAAAUAGGUUGAUCAUACCGGCUACUGCUGUGGCUGCUUGCUCUCCCGUUUUCACAGAUGGGCAGCACAUUCAAGAAGGAGAUCUUCGAUGAACAUGUGCAAGUGGGUCUUAUUGGCUGGGCUGAGAAGGUUAAGAAGCGGAAGGGAACAGGCUCACCACUAAAUGUGGGGUUAAAAGGGGGAGGGCCGGCAAAGGGAGUCGGUGUCCAGCUGCAGAACUUGGGCGGGAGCCAGCCUUCCCAGAUGGAAGAAGGAAAUGCUGGGCCUGGCGAGGUGCGGAGGGCAGAGUAG